AUGAAUAAGAAAGUGUGUGAAAAGUUUAUGAAUGUAUGGGAGUUUUUUCCCGAUAAAUUGGCCCAAAAUAAUGAAUAUCAUGAAAUCAAUGAUAGUAAUUUUUUAAAUAGUUAUUGUGGCAGUUAUAAUUGUGAUACUGAUCUCCAAAAAAUGAAUGCUGUAUUUUUUUAUUUGGUUAAUGAAUUCUUUGGGCCUUCUGGUGUGUUUAAGAAUAAUGAAAAAAGUAAUAUCAAUGCUGUUGAAUACAUUAUCAUAUGGUUAAGUCAUAUGUUAAACCUAAAGGAUAGCACAGGAAACAUUCUAACAAAUUUUUAUAAAAUAUAUAUAAAAAAUCAAGAAAAGUAUAAAAAUACUAUAAAUGGUGUUGAAGGUUGUAAUAAUUAUGAUGAUCUUAUAUAUAAAAAAAAUGAAUUGAUGAAUAUUACUAAUGAAAAAUUGUCUAAAUUUUAUGCUCCAUUUAAAUCAUUAUGUAACAUGUAUAAUGAAUUUAAUGAAAACAAGAAAGAUUGCACAAACUGUUUGAAUGAUGCUAAAGAAUUUGUUGAAAAAUUUAAUGAACUUAAUAAAGAUUAUAAUAAUGGUAAAGACAGUCCCUAUAAUCAAUUAUUGUCUACUUUAUCAACUGAUUAUGAUAAUUUAAAAAAUAAAUGUAACGGUAAUUCAUCCUUUCCGCCGAUAGAAACAAUACAAAGUUCUGGACAAAGUUCUGAACAAACUUCUAAACAAACUGUAGAAACUUCUGAUCAAAGUCCUGAACAAACUUCUAAACAAAAUCCUGAACAAACUGUACAAAUAUUAGAACAGAUUUCUGAAGUUACAUCAUCAAAUUCAUCGAUAGGAAACAAAUUAUUUACAGUUUUAUCGAUAUUUGGUGCAAUAGCAUUUUUUUUAGGAAUUUCUUAUAAGUAUUCGUUAUUUGGAUUUCGGAAACGAGCUCAAAAGCAAUAUUUAAGAGAAAAAAUAAAAAAUAUAAAGAAGAGAAUGAAUUAG